UUACACUUGGCGCAAUGCAGUCAGGCAAGUACCGUUCUCCUAGAAACCGCCAAACCCCGACAUAUCCAUUGGACUGCCAGACAGAGAAGCGUGAUUGGUCACAUCAGAGAACACGUCUCCCCUGCUCUAGAGUCCAGUGGUGGCUGGCUGAGUUGCUGUUUUUUCCCAGUUGCUUCCACUUUGGUAUAAUCCCACUAACAGUUGAGCGUGGAAUAUUUAGUAGCCAGGAAAUGUCACGGAUGGACUUAUUGCACAGGUGGCCACCUAUCACGGGACCACGCUUGGAGUCACUGAGCUCCUGAGAGCGACCCAUUCUUUCACCAAUGUUUGUAGAAACAGUCUGCAUGCCUAG